AUGAUGCUUGUACGCUCUGUUGCCCUGGUGGCUGCAUUAGGCGGGGUACUGGCUGCACCUGCUAAUCUUACCAAACGAGCUUCUGGGAAAGCAGGGGUCAGUUGGGCCAUACAGGAGCCUGAUGCGGCUCCUGUCAAGCAGUUUUUCGGCUCCGGUUCGGGCCCCGGGUGGCUAAACGGUUAUCAAGGUACAGAGGGAGCGUUCAUUCCCAUGUGCUGUCUUUCCAAUGGGCUUGCAUGGGGAGGUGGGCAAAUUAUGAUGGGUUUCAAUGAGCCGGACAACGCGGCGUGCGCCAACGUCCAACCUGGUCCCGCAGCAGUGGCCUGGCCUGGGAUCGUGGCGAAUGCUCGAGCUACCAUGCCGGGUAUCAAAUUGGCCUCGCCGGCUGUCAUGAACCUCGGCAGUUCGUGGUGGCUUCAACAAUUUUUCGGGGCGAUCUGUCCAGGUGGUCUAGCACGAUGUUCGGUAGCCCCUGACUAUCUCGCUGUACACAUCUAUACUCUUGACAGCGGAGAUUUCAUUGGACAAUUGCAAGAGUGGAACAGACAAUUCCCCACUUUGCCCAUUAUCGUUAACGAAUUCGCCUGUACGACGUUUGGAGGAGCCAUCCCCUCUCAGGCUCAAGUCAACCAGUUCAUGAAUGACGUCACAACAUUCAUGGAUGACACCCCUUGGGUCGUCAAGUACGCUUGGUUCGGAGCUGCGGCGAACAGCUUUGAUCUUCAUGGUGUAGCCGAAGCCAAUCGACUCGUUGACCAAAGCGGAACCAUCACCGCCUUGGGAAAGCAGUACGUCGCUGGAGGUCGUCUUUAG